AUGACGUCCUCCGUGAUCGCGGUCAAGUCCGCGAUGAAGAUGAAGCAGUCCGCGUCGAAGAACCGCGGGAACAUCGUGUGGAACGAGACCCUCGAGGUGCGUCUCGGGACGACGCGACGCGCGACGGAUCUUUCGAAUAAUAUUCUCCGGAGGACGCGAUCCCUCGAAAACGACGACAGAUCCCCCGAACCGAACGCCAUCCGACCCCUUCCUCCCCCCCGCCCCCGCGUCGUCGCGCCGCAGGAAACGCGCCUGUACGACAACGAGAACCGCGUCGUGGUCCCCCUGACGCUCGCGUUCCCCUCCCCGGAGGCGAAGAACGCGCCCGCGGCCAAGGCUGCCGCGGCCGCGCGUCGACGCGCCUCCUCCGAGAACAAAAUCGCGCCGAGACCGUGGCGAACGAAGAACGACCCGAAGACGAAGACGACGACGACGACGCCCUCGCCCUCGCCCGCGCGCGCGCGCUCGCCGCUGUCGCCGGUGUCCUCGAACGACUCCCCAGCCCCGAGCGCGUCCGAGGCGUCCGUCAACACCGUCGACGCGGGGUCGACGCCGGGGACGUCGCUGACGAUCGACGCCGAUAAGCGCCGGCGACGACGCCGCAGAGCGUCCGCGUCCGCGUCGAAAAAAAUCCCAGCCGCCGACGCGACGCCGACGUCGCGGCUCGCCGUCGUCGAGGGGACCGGCGCCGACCCCGCGGUGAUCGAGGUCGCGCCGCCGCGCCCGAGAGACCGCGACGCCGUGGACGCGUCGCUGGGGGAGGACGGUAACGGGAACGACGCGACGACGACGGCGACGGACGCGACGGCGGCGGCGCAAAUAAUUUCUCCGCGCGCGGCGCACGCGUGGCUGCGGCAGCUCGCGAGUCUGUCGAAGUCUCCAGCAGCGCCUCCAGCGGCGGCGGCGGCGGUCGCGGAGGAGGAAGAAGAAGACGUCCCCAGCGCGAAGACGCCGGGUGGCGGCGAGUUUGGCGGGUGGGUCAGCGCGCCGCCGGUUUCGGCGCCGGCGACUGAAGACGCCGUCGCGACGACGCCCGGUUUUUUGCGAGCGCGGAGCCCGGCCACGCUCGCGCGCGUUAUCGAAGCCGCCGCGACGACGCCGACGCCGGAACCGCUCGCGGACCUGUCCCCCGUGAUGGCGAUCGAGAAGAAGAUCGAGAGCGCCGGGGCCGAGUCGACGUCGUCGCCCCCGGAGCGCGCCGCCGCCGCGAAAGCCGCCGCGAACGCGAUGCUCGCCUCCGCGGUGACCCUCGCGCCUACCCCUCCUUGGGUCCUGUGCGCGCCGCCUUUGACGUCGCCGAUCGCGUCGUCGCCGUUCCCGGAGACGUCGCGUCGCCUCUGCGCGAUGAUGACCCCGAGGGCCGUCAGGAUCAUCUCGCUGGCGCUCUCCGUGGCGUUGGCGUCGUCCGUCGUCGUCGCGCUCUGCGUCGGCGUCGCGUCGGGUCUCGGUUCGUCGUGGUCUUGGGGUUCGUCGUCGGAAACGCUCGACGCGCGAGCGUUUCACAUCGACGGCGCGUCGUUCAUCGGCGCGCCGGGGCUCGUGGACGUCGUGCGCGUCGUGUGCGCGCUCGCGCGCGUCCUCGCGCGCGUCGUCCUCGGAUACGGCGCGGCGCCGGCGGCGCCGGCGGCGGAUGACGGCGUAUCCCCGGCGGGCUUGGCGAUUCUGUUCGGGUUCGUCGCCGUCGGCGCGGCGGCGGCGACGACGGCGACGGCGACGCGUCUUCGAGACCGAUGCGACGCGUGCGUGAGCGCGAUCGAGACGGUGCUCGCGAAGAUGAACGCGGUCGAGGCUGUGGACGCGCCGGACGCGGACGCGGCGACGGCGGCGGCGGCGGAGGAGGACGCGAACGUCUCGCCGUUCGGCGUCGUCGCGGAGAUGAAGCGCGUCAUGUUCCCCGCGGGCGAGCACGCGAACGCGAGUCCGAGCGCGGUGAUGCUCAGCCGCGCGAAACGGAUGAUGCGCAUCGCGCACAAGCCCGCGUCCAGGGCGGAGGGCGCGCAGCAGACGUGA